UAAAGCUGAGUCCUUUCCCGAAAACAAAAAAGACCCAUUUGAAUCGAUUCCUCUCUUAUAAUUCCACUUCAUAAAUUUUGUCGAUUUGGGGAUAUAUUCUUAUCGAUUCAGGUGGAAUCAAACUUGCCGGUUCGAUUCGGGAUUACCUUUACAAAAGCAGUUUGCAUUUUGAUCGUCUUGUGGAGAUUAAUGUUCAUAUUCAAUCUUAACCAUGCCGGUUUACGUUGAUCGCGAGGCUCCUAAGCUAUGGAGACGAAUUUGCUCAGAAACGACAUUAGAAGCUUCUCUACUUGCCGAAAAAUGGAAGCUUGUUCUCGCUGGACUUGCAUUUCAGUACAUUCAUGGACUUGCUGCUCAUGGAGUUCACUACUUACACCGACCUGGUCCUACCCUUCAAGAUGCCGGAUUCUUCAUUCUUCCAGCGCUUGGGGCAGACAAAGCUUUUGUUAGUGAAACUGUAUUCGUCACUAUCUUUGGAUCAUUUGUCCUAUGGACCUUUCAUCCCUUUGUUUCUCAUAUUAAGAAGAUUUGUACAGUUUUGAUUUGGUGCAGAGUUUUUGUUUAUUUAGCAGCCUCUCAAAGUCUGAGGAUCAUCACAUUCUUUUCAACACAGCUUCCUGGGCCGAAUUAUCAUUGUCGAGAGGGCUCCAAGCUCGCCAAGAUUCCACCACCAAAGAAUGUUCUUGAAGUACUCUUGAUGAACUUUCCUUAUGGGGUGAUAUAUGGUUGUGGAGAUCUAAUAUUUUCAUCGCAUACGAUAUUCACCUUAGUGUUUGUACGCACUUAUCAAAGAUACGGCACAAGAAGGUGGAUCAAGCAUCUGGCUUGGCUUAUGGCGAUUAUACAGAGCCUAUUGAUUAUAGCGUCAAGGAAACAUUACACAGUAGACAUUGUUGUUGCAUGGUAUACUGUAAACCUUGUGAUGUUCUUUGUUGACAGCAAACUUCCAGAAAUGGCAGAGCGUUCUUCUAGUGGACCUUCUCAAAAGCCUUUGCUUCCAUUGAGUACAAAGGAUGGCAAGAACAAGAGCAAAGAGGAUCAUCAGAGACUUCCUAACGAGAAUAAUUUAGCAGAUGAGGAUUGAUCUUUAUGUAUCCAAUCACAAAAUCUGGAAUCUGAGCAGUAACUUAGUUUAGAAAUUACGCAUGUUGUGCGCAUGUCAGCCGUGAACAGAUUACUCUCUAGGAUACACGUUACUCUUUUGUUGUUCAUUUCUUAAAUGUAAAAAGAUAGAAGUUAUUAUUGACUAAUAGAUGUGUUUCGAGAUUUUUGAUUUUGUUAUUUCGUUUCAGCCGUCUGGAAAUAACGGGUUCACAGAGAAUUGAAUAAUUUGUCCAAAUCAGCGCCAAAAAUAAGAUUGCAACUUUCUUGACAAUAAAAACAAGAUUGCCUUAAACUUUAGAAA